AUGACCUCGCGCGUUUCCAGCUCUUCUCGCCGACCCUCACUUUCCGCCAGGCGCAUAUCUAGACGCCUAUCCACGCUCUCCAGCCUCGAACAUGGCGAGGCCCGGCCUAAGCUUGCGCCUGCGGAACAGGCCAUCACAGAAGAGAUUGCAGAGAUAAAACGCUACGAGGACUUCACCACAAUCGAUUGGGUGCAAGAUGCGGCCCAAGAACAAAUGCGCCGACGCGCACGGCGGAAAGAGUCACGAUUCUUCGAAAGAGAUGGAGUGUUGGGAUGGCGUCGCAAGCUCUGGGAGUCCUACGACGCAGCUCUAGCCUGGAUUGUGAUCACGUUGGUAGGCGUGGUGAUCGGUGUCAAUGCUGCAGCCUUGAACAUCAUCACAGAGUGGUUGUCAGAUAUCAAGAUGGGCUACUGCACCACCGCAUGGUACCUCAACGAGGGCUUCUGCUGCUACGGUUCCGAGAACGGGUGCGACGAGUGGAGGAGAUGGACCUCGUACAGUGUCGCCAACUACCUGCUGUACACCAUCUUUGCCCUUCUGUUGGCAUUCGUCUCGGCAUAUCUGGUCAAAAGUUACGCCCCCUAUGCUGCCGGCUCUGGCAUUUCGGAGAUCAAAUGCAUCAUUGCUGGGUUUGUCAUGAAAGGCUUCCUUGGGUUCUGGACUUUCCUCAUCAAAUCCAUCUGUCUACCGCUGGCGAUCGCUUCCGGCUUGUCUGUUGGCAAAGAGGGGCCCAGCGUACACUACGCCGUCUGCGUCGGCAAUGUCAUUUCACGGUUUUUCGACAAAUACAGACGGAGUGCCUCCAAGACACGAGAGAUAUUGACGGCAACAGCAGGAGCCGGUGUGGCUGUGGCAUUUGGGAGUCCCAUUGGCGGUGUUCUGUUCUCGCUCGAAGAAAUGGCGACACAUUUUCCACUGAAGACACUCUGGAGGAGUUAUUUUUGUGCACUCGUAGCAACCGCAGUGCUGGCUACAAUCAAUCCUUUCAGAACCGGGCAACUCGUCAUGUUCUCGGUCAAGUACGAUCGGGAUUGGCAUUUCUUCGAGGUCGUCUUUUACAUCAUCCUCGGCAUAUUUGGCGGACUUUAUGGCGCAUUCGUCAUAAAAUACAACCUCAUGGCUCAAGCAUUUAGGAAGAAGUAUCUGUCACAGUAUGCCAUUCCAGAGGCUGUGAUCCUGGCUGGGGCUACGGCGAUCCUUUGUUAUCCAAAUAUGUUCCUCAGAAUCGAUAUGACUGAAAUGAUGGAACUGCUGUUUCGAGAGUGUGAAGGUGACGACGAUUAUGAUGGACUAUGCGAAAGAAGAAACAGACCUAUGUUGAUCGGGUCCUUAUUGAUCGCCACUUUCCUUCGCAUGUUUCUUGUCAUUAUAUCCUAUGGUUGCAAGGUGCCGGCAGGCAUCUUCGUCCCGUCCAUGGCCAUCGGAGCAUCUUUUGGACGCACAUUGGGGAUCAUUGUACAAUGGUUAUACGAGACAUUUCCCGAUUCACGGUUUUUCUCUGCCUGCCAACCUGAUGUCCCCUGCAUCACUCCUGGCACCUACGCUUUCCUUGGGGCUGGUGCUGCCCUCAGUGGUAUCAUGCACCUGACGAUCUCGGUCACUGUCAUCAUGUUUGAGUUGACCGGAGCCUUGACAUACAUUCUCCCCACCAUGAUUGUGGUGGGAGUCACAAAGGCUGUGGGCGACAGGUUCAGCUCAGCCGGCAUUGCGGACCGAAUGAUCUGGUUCAAUGGCUUUCCUUUCUUGGACAACAAGGAAGAACAUACCUUUGGCGUCCCUGUGUCGCAGGUCAUGACCGCCCAUGUUACUAUGCUUCCCUCGAGAGGAAUGGAGGUCAGGGCUGUGCAAAAGCUACUUGAAGAUACGGGUUUCUCCGGGUUUCCGAUUGUCGAAGAUCUUGAUUCCAAGAUCUUGGUGGGCUAUAUUGGUAGAACCGAGCUUCAGUUCGCCAUCGACAAAGCCAAAAAAGGCGGCAUGUUGGCCACAGACGCAAAAUGCGUAUUUGCUGCGGACCGUGAGGAUGGGGCUGACACGGCGGCUCCUCCCAGCCCGGCCGUCUCGUUCGAUUCUAUGGCUAUCCAGACCGUGAAUAUCAGCCCAUAUGUCGAUCUGACUCCCAUCACCGUCCAUCCUCGCCUACCACUGGAGACAGUCUUGGAGAUCUUCAAGAAGAUGGGACCACGUGUGAUUCUCGUGGAUCACCAUGGUCAACUAGAAGGGCUUGUCACGGUCAAAGAUUGUCUGAAAUAUCAAUUCAAGGUUGAAGCACAAGAACACGCUCACGCUCACGCCAUCCAGGACGAGCCUAGUCCACACCAUGAACGAAUUAUUGAUCUCCUCGGUCGAAUCGGUGAUUACCUUGCCGACAAAAUCAAUAACAUCUCUCGAGGGAGACUGAGACUCAGUCCUCCCAGCGCUCACGGUUGGACCAGAGUGUCUGGUCGGGACAGAGAGCAAGACUUCACUGAUGACUACACCAAUGAGCAUGAGAUUCUGGAUGGGAAUGAAAAUGUUUCGGAACCUGGUCAAGACGGAGUCGAACUUGAGACUCGACAGCCGGAGUGA